AAAUUCUCCUCUCAAGUUGAAAUUCUAAUACAUUCAGUGCUAGUAUUCUAGUAGAACACUAGUUGCCCUCUAAUGAGUCGGCGUGUAUUUUCCUUGUGCACGCGUCCUAACGUUUAACCACCCUCUUCCAUGGCCUUCCUCCGUGAUGAGACUGGCUUUCUCAAGAAAGGCUGUUUCCAUAACAAGCCUUGGGAACGAAACAUUCCCGUUUGACAUUGAAUGCGUUCCGCUGAAGGGCAAGAGGUCCAGAAUCUAAAACGUACCCUGUGUUAUGGCCGAGAACCAUCGUAAAUAUUCGUUAACAGUUUUAAGACACGGUGAGUCGGAAUGGAACCAUGACAACCGUUUCUGUGGAUGGGUGGAUGUUGGGCUCACCAAUAAUGGCCUUGCCCAAGCUCAAAAGGCCGUGGAGGCUUUGGUUGAGGAAGACAUUGGUUUUGAUAUCAUCUACACUUCGGUGUUGAAACGUGCCAAAGAAACCGCUGAAAUUAUCCGUGACGGCCUUGAAAAGGCUGGCUUGGUGUCGAAUUUGGAGAUAGUCGAAGAUUGGAGAUUGAAUGAAAGGCAUUAUGGGUCUUUGACGGGACACAAUAAGGCUGAAAUGGCUGAGAAAUAUGGCAAAGAUCAAGUGAAAAUAUGGCGACGAAGCUACGACACACGGCCUCCUCCAAUCUCGGAGAGUCAUCCCUUUUACGAUAAAAUCCAUAAUAAUUCCGCUUUGACAGUGGUGCCAAAGGACCAAUUCCCAGAUCAUGAGUGCCUGAAAGAUCUACAAGAGAGAGCCAUUCCAUAUUUUGAAGACAUCAUUGUUCCACAAAUCAAGUCUGGACAACGUGUUUUGAUUGUUGUUCAUGGCACAACAUCUCGUGCUCUCGUCAAGCAUUUGGAGGACGUGUCUGAUGAGGACAUUGAAGAGAUAAACGUGCCAAAUGCAAUCCCGUUCACUUAUGAGCUGGAUGAAAAACUGGAUCCCCUGGGAGAUAAGACGUAUCAUGCUGACAAGGAAACAGUUCGGAAGGCCAUUGAAAAGGCUGCAUCCAUUGGAAAGAAGCGGAAGUGAUAUGGUGGACAAACAUAAGGCUGAAGAGUUCAUUAAAUACUGUACUUCCACCCCUAACAUUGAUUGUGCAUGACGGAAUAGAGAUAGACAUGUGAAUUUAGA